AUGCAUAGUAAAACGCAAAAGAAAAUUAAGUCGAUUGAUGAAACGCAUGAAAAAAAUUUACAAAAUGAAAUAAAAAAAUGCUUGAAAACAUCAGAAAAAAUAGAUAAAAUUAUCAAAAGUAUUUAUAAAACCGUAGAACUUACAAAAAUGAAUGCUACAGAAGAAUUUAAAUCUUUUAUUGAACCUAAAACAAGUCUUGAUAGUUUGUCAGAGUUCUACGAAAUAUUUAUUAAAUGCGACGAUAAAUUGCAACAAAUUCGAGAAAAAGACAUUAAAAUACAAGAUAUUGAGCAAAUAAUCGAAAACUUAAAUGUGUGUAAUGAUCUAUACAACAUAAUCGAAGAUCUUAAAAACUUCGAGAAAGUUGUAAUUGUUCAAAAAUUACUAAGAGACACUAACCAGACACUUGAACCAAUGAUGAAUAAAAUUGAGGUUAUAUUUUUUCAGAAUUUAGGAAGAAAUCUUCAUGAUACUGUAAAUAUGAACAAAGUAGCUUUAUUUUUGAUUGAAAAGCGUGACACGAAAACAUUCCUUGGCAGAUAUUCCAAUGAAUUGUAUAGUAAAGUCAACUUCGACGAUAUUAAAUUUAAUAAAAAAAUGUUACUGCAACAGACAGGUAACAUCGAUAGAUACAUUUAUGACCUCAAUGUUUAUAAUAAAAAAAUUUUAGGAGAAACCACCGGAUCAGGUAUUAAUUUGGGGCUAAAUAAAAUAUUAAUUAUUAAUUUAACAAAAAUUAUAGGUGAUAUCCUACAAGUCAUAGAAAGAGAAGAAAAACUUGAGGAUGUUCCUUUUUUAAUGACCUUGAAUAAUCAUUUGAAACAUACAGAAGAAAAUAAAAUCAAAGAAAUAGAAUCUUUAUUCGUAUUUAAAGAUCCAAUUAAUAAAAUUAUUUGCAAUAUAUUUCUUGCAUAUACAAGCAAUGUUGAUAGACUUGACGCUCCAAAUAAGUUUUGUGAUGUAGAGAUAUUAGCAAUAAAUCUUAGAAGGGCAUUAGAUUCCCUUAAUUCUUAUAAAAUUCUAACAAAAAUAUUUUUAAAUACGUACGGGCCACUAUUUAAAAUAAAAACUUUGACUGAGUGUAAUGAUUACUUUACAAAACGACUUGUCUGUAAGAUCUUAAAAUUUAGUGAACCUAUGCCAAAUCUUAAAAAAUUUAUUUACUUGAUAAACAAUCUUUAUACAUUGCAAAAUUACAUAAGUGAAGAUUUAAAAUCUAAAAUUGGCACCUGUUCAGAUAAUCUUGUUAAAACUUUUAAUGAAGAAUUACAGAAAAGAAAUCAAGCAAAGCUUACUUCUUUUAUUGAUUUAAAUAUUAGUGCUUUUAAGAGCUAUUAUUUACCAGAUGAUAUAAGAAUAGGAGUAGUAUCCUUGCUUAAAAAAAGUAUAUGGGAAGAAAUUGGUAAAAAGGGAUAUGAAGGAGAUCUAGAAUCCUUAAACAGUACCAUAAAUGAGAUGUUUAUAGGAAAAUAA